GUAACCAUGGUAACGUCACCGCUGCAGCUACAGUGGUUGCGCCGGGUUGGAGGUUAUCCCGGUCCGGUGCAGUAGGGGGCACAACUGGGCGUCGUUGUGAAAGUGGGUUCACUGGUAAAGAACGAGGAGGAACCGGUUGGAGCGCUCCUGCUGCUCCUCCUCCUUCACCUCCUGCUCCUGACAGUCCGGCUGCAGACCUCCUCACAAGUCCCGCGUGCGCUCCGGACGCGUCUGCGGACACUCAGCUCUGUAUCACUGAGGACUUCCGGGGGAGGCUGGAGCAUGGCCACGGAGCAGGAGCCCAGCUUCACCAUCAAGCUGCUGCAGCUGCUGCUGCUCUCCACAUACUGGGGCAUGCAGAUCUGGGUCACCUUUGUUUCCAGCUUUGUCAUGGACAACCACCUGAACAGACACACGUAUGGGUUCAUCCAGAGUCGCCUCGUACCGUUCUACCUCCACCUGGGCUCUGCCUGUGCCUUCUUCAACCUCACCAUCUUUGCCAUGUAUCAUCCCCAGGACAUCUUGGAUGACAGAGAAGCCUUCCAGAUCUUCAUCUUCUUCGUGUCGGUGACGGUCGCUGCAGUCAAUGCUCAGUGGUUUGGCCAGAUGACAUCAGAAAUCAUGGCGGACAUGCAUCUGGUGGAGCAGGCGUGCGGACUCGGACAGGACAUCGGACUGUCGUCUAAUCGCGAAGCUUACGCCAAGUUGUGUGAGACCGAUGUGAAGUACCGGCGCCUCAGCAGCCGCCUGUGGCUCUACAGACUUUUGUCGUCUCUGUGCAACCUCUGCUGCAUAGGCUGCAGCUUCUACAGUCUGUGCUACAUGGCUGAGAACCUCGCCGCUCUGUAAAGCUGACACUCGUGUCGCCUCAUCAGAAAUCCACUAACUAUUCUCUACAGGAAGGGCAAACUCCUGGGCUCAUGGAGUCUUUAUUUUUUUCAGUGUGUUGGAUUUAAGGUGAGAGGUCAGGAUACAGCCUCAGCCUCCCCAUCAGGCCUGUGAUGAACCUUUACGCCUCCACGGGUCCUCUCUACUCAUACGGUGCUCUUCCCUUUUACAGGGUUGCAACAGGUUUUUCUCUGCUCACUCCUGUGGAGUUUCAGGUUCCUGCAGGUUUUUCUGGCGUCCGACCUUCUGAGAGCAUCGGUGUUCAGGGGAAAGGUUGAGCUAUUUUUAACUCUUCUGGCUGCGGCUGGAAUGAGGAAGAGCGGUUCAGAGCCUUUCAGCUGCUCAGACAAAAAUCACUCUGCUGCUUGAAGCUUCAGAAAAGUCGCUCAACGAAGUUCCUCUGUGAUGCCGAUGAUUGGGAAUGUGCCACUAGAGUUGCCUUGACAACCCCUGCAGCCGCAAGUCCGAAUGAACGCUGCGGUAACGGAGAAGCCGCAUGUGGGAGGGAUGUCUGAAGCUGUGGUCACGGGGAUUGGUGGGGUCGUAUUCAUGAAGCCAAAACAAUGCAACUCAGGGAGAAGGUCAUGGGGUCAAAUCAGGGUCAGCUUAAAGUGAAUGAAAAAACAGAUUGAAAACUUGAAAAAUAGACUAUUUAACUGAAGAAAAAAAA